AUGUCGCGCAUCGCCAAUCUUCCACAUCCUAGAAAUGGAUCGCCGUCGAGAUACUUGGUCUGCCCCGACACCGGCAUAUAUGAAUUUACGAAAGUUGCGACGCCGAAAACCGCGCCGCGAAGUUGGCUGAUCGAGGGCAAUGUUAGCUCCCAAACAAUAAGCGAGCCCGAAAUGUUUGUUGCAACUGCUAUUGAUCCGCUAUUCCUCAUCAUUCCGGCGCUUGUUCCGAAAGCCUCCCGUGAGGACGGCGAGAAGAAACGACUAUUCCUUUUGAGUGACGACUAUUUUGACAAGCUCCCCGAGGACGCAUCGCAUUUGUCAGAACUUCUACGAUGCGAGCGGACAAGAAAGCGUUUCGAAAAUAGACUGGCUGCUGUUUGUGACUCUGUCGACGCUGGUGACGAAUCCAUGUUUCGUAUCAACGAACAGAAGCUCGCUGGUGUUAUUUGGGAUAAAGCCAAAUGGUUGGGACAAUCCGGUUCUUUGCCUGCCAGCAUUGAGGAAAAAUUCGUUACCAAAGCGCUUGAGGCACCGCUGCUUUUCCAGCGACGAGAAAUGACGGGUGUAAACGGUGCUGCUAGCGUCGCCGCUGCCGAUUCCACAGCCUCUACGCCGAAGCCCGAGAAUGUCGAUUCGCAGUUGAGCCUUGCUACUGAGGAUAGCAAUGUAAGCGCUAUGUCACAGGUAUCAACAGCAGCGACAUCUGUUGUUGAAGAUGCCCCCGCCAAUACCGAAGUCAGCUCAUCUACCUCCGCAUCACCACAAAUCGUGCAACUACAACGGUUACGAGUCGCAUUCGACUUCAUAUGCGCAACAUACUUGUCUGAUCACCUGGCUGAAAUGUUGAAGCAGACAUCUUUGGUCAAAGAAGCGACAUCUGUGGAUUUUGCGCCACUUGAUCUAUUCAUUCAGAAGCUAGACAAGCUUCGAGCCGAAGCAAUGGCAGCUCGCUCUGUGAGCGACUACUCCCGCAAACGAGCCUAUGAUGAAGAAGAAGAUGAAGCACGUGCCGAGAAAAAACGAAAGCUGGAAGAGGAGAAAAAACGCAAGGCUACGCAGAGCCGUGGAGUGAAGCAGUUGGAGAAGGUUAACACAACGGGCAUGAAGAAGUUGAGCGCCUUUUUUACUAAGAAGUAA